ACUGUGUUUAUGGCAAGCACAAUAAUAAUAUUCACAUAUGCACACAAACAUACAUAUAUUAUUAUAUUCUUGGACACGGUGCGCGCGCGUGUUUAGAGAACGCAAAACAACGGUAUUCAAAAGAAACGAAAACAGGAAAAUAAAAGGAAGCAAUUAUCGCACAGACGUAAUCAUUGAUUACGCUUAAAAUAGUUUAUAAACAAACGAGAAUUGUUGCAGAGAGCGGUGUGUGUUAUUGGCCACUAAAAUGGCCGGGUCUGGCGAAGUGAAUGAGGUUGUUUAUGAUCAUCGUAUACUGCGUGACUGGUCCAAUGUGAAUAAUACCAACGGCACAAUGCAUCUGUCCAAGGAUAUGAUAUUUAAUGACGGCCAUCGUCUGUCCAUCGCGGUCUACAGCAUACUCUUUGUGAUCUCGUCAAUUGGGAACUGCACCGUGCUCUAUCUGCUGACCAAGCGUCGACUGCGUGGUCCCUUGCGUAUCGACAUCAUGCUAAUGCAUUUGGCCAUUGCCGAUCUAAUGGUGACGUUUCUGCUGAUGCCGCUAGAGAUUGCGUGGGCCUGGACGGUGCAGUGGCGUUCCACGGACCUCAUGUGCCGUCUCAUGAGCUUCUUUCGCGUGUUCGGACUGUACUUGUCCAGCUUUGUCAUGGUCUGCAUAUCGCUCGACAGAUACUAUGCAAUCCUGAAGCCACUGAAACGAUCCUACAAUCGUGGUCGCAUCAUGCUGGCCUGCGCUUGGCUGGGCUCCGUCAUCUGCAGCAUUCCGCAGGCCUUUCUCUUCCACGUCGAGGAGCAUCCGACCGUCAAAGGCUACUUUCAGUGCGUCACCUUUCAUUCGUUCGCCGGUGAUUUUGACAACUCGCUCUAUCAGAUCGGCACAAUGUGUGCCAUGUACGCAUUUCCAUUGAUCGCAUUCAUUUAUUGCUACGGUGCCAUCUACCUGGAGAUCUAUCGCAAGAAUCAGCGUGUGCUGAAGGAUGUCAUCGCUGAGCGCUUUCGCCGCUCCAACGACGACGUCUUGAGUCGCGCCAAGAAACGCACUCUCAAGAUGACCAUCACGAUUGUGAUUGUGUUCAUUAUCUGCUGGACUCCGUACUAUUUCAUAUGCAUGUGGUAUUCCCUCGACAAGACGUCCGUGCAUAAGGUCAAUUCGCUGGUGCGCAAAGCUCUGUUCAUAUUCGCCUCAACGAAUUCGUGCAUGAAUCCCUUGGUCUAUGGGCUGUACAAUAUACGUGGACGCAUGAACAACAACAACAAUGUGUCAGUCAACAAUCGUCACACUUCGCUCUCGAAUCGCCUGGACUCCUCCAAUCAAUUACUGCAGAAGCCCAUUAACACACUGCCCAAUGGCAAUGGCAAUGUGGUGGCUGCUGCUGUGGCUGCCACCACAAAGCUGGCGCAUGUGGUGCGCUUGAAGACAAAUGGUGCUGGUGGUGGUGACGUGCAGUCUCCAACUGCAGCAGCGCCGCUCGCCGCCCCACCGGAUGCGAAUGGCGACGACGCUGUCAGUGUCUCUGUUGUCACCGUCAAGUGCGGACACUCGGAGCAGACUGCCAAGCAGCCCAAGACACCCAUCAUCUGCCUCAGCUGCGGCGACUCCAUCGAUACGGCCAGUGCGGAAAAGAAGACAUAGAUUACAGGGUAUCUGGAGCAGAGAUUCAAUGACAACAGAUGAGUUAAUUAAGAGUUGCUACCGUUUAACGUUUGAUGCGGCUCCGAACAAAAGGCUUCUUAAUUUGCUUCUUCUUUUUUGCAUUUAACUUACAGAUUAAAAUGUUAAGAGCACGA